AUGACACUUGAAGAGCAAAUACAAGAGGAAUUAAUCCAACUUCAAGAGAAGCUACAGAAACAACAACAACAGGCUGCUGCUCAAGCAGAAGAGAAGGCAGCAAGUGCCAGCGCCUUGCCAACCGCUACUCGAUCAUAUACAAAGGAUAUAUCAGUCUAUGCAUGGGAUCAAAAUGAUAAAUUUGUCAAGGUCUACGUUCAAAAUCUGGACGGUGUCGGCAACUUACCCGAAAACCAGAUUCAAUGCUCGUUCGAAAAAAGUGGCUUUCAUUUACAAAUUCAAAAUCUAAAAAAUAUCAACUAUUCCUUGAAAAGAACCCAUCUUCUUCAUGAUAUUCAACCGGAUCAAUCGACUUUCAAAGUCAAAAAGGAUAUGGUCAUUCUGUCGUUACGAAAAGUCGAGUCGAAAAAUUGGGAAUGCUUUUUGCAGGACGAGAAGAAAGCACCUAUCAAGUAA